UAUCUGCCUUCAUUCAGUCACACUCAGACACACGCACAUGCACGAGCGGAGCUGACAGGCCGAGCAGCAUCUUAUUUCUUCUCACAUUGCCAUAACAACGGAGCGGCUCAGGCAGCAUGGUAAAGUGAAAUAGCCCUCCUCGGCAAAAAGGUGUUUCAAUAAAGACUACUGAAGAAAAGUACUCGGGGGAUAUUUAAACGUGUGCUUUGUUUGUUUGUGUAUUUUUUUUUGGUUAUUUCUCGACCUACACCUCGGAGCCGCUAAGGGCAACACGCCGCGCCACACGCGACACCAAGAGGCGCAACUCUUGGAAGAGGAGGAGAGCAGCAAAGGCGGAUCAUCAGAGCAAACAAGAAGUGAGACAAAAUUCAAACAAGAAACGCUAAAUAGCAGGCAGCACGAGGGCGGCGACUUAACAAAAAGAAGAAGCAGCGAUAGCAUUGUCUCCUGUAGCUGCGCUCCCAGUGUGCAGGAAAGGAAAGCUCGAGGCAGGCAGAACCACUCAUCGGCGGCUGGUAUCUGCGACGGUUUGGCUGCUGAGGCAACAAUGGCUCGGGAAAACGGGGAGACCAGCAACGUGUCGUGGAAGAAGCAAGUCGAUGACAUUAAGAAGAUGUUCGAGUUCAAAGAAAUCCUGGGCACUGGAGCAUUUUCUGAAGUUGUUUUGGCUCAGGAGAAAACUACAGGAAAAAUGUUUGCUGUCAAGUGUAUUCCAAAGAAAGCUCUGAAAGGCAAAGAAAGCAGCAUAGAAAAUGAAAUUGCAGUUCUCAGAAAAAUCAAGCAUGAAAAUAUUGUUGCUCUGGAGGAUAUAUAUGAAAGUCCAAAUCACCUGUACCUCAUUAUGCAGUUGGUGUCAGGAGGUGAGCUGUUUGAUCGGAUAGUAGAGAAGGGAUUUUACACUGAGAAAGAUGCCAGUACUCUGAUACGACAAGUUCUGGAUGCCGUCAAUUAUCUACACAAAAUGGGAAUAGUGCACAGAGAUCUCAAGCCAGAAAAUCUACUAUACUUUAACCCUGAUGAUGAGUCUAAGAUUAUGAUUAGCGACUUUGGGCUGUCCAAAAUGGAGGGAACAGGAGACGUUAUGUCAACAGCUUGUGGUACUCCUGGAUAUGUAGCUCCAGAGGUCCUGGCACAGAAGCCUUACAGCAAAGCAGUAGACUGCUGGUCAAUUGGAGUGAUUGCUUAUAUACUGUUGUGUGGUUAUCCUCCUUUCUACGAUGAGAAUGACUCCAAAUUAUUUGAACAGAUUCUGAAGGCAGAGUACGAGUUUGAUGCUCCAUACUGGGAUGAUAUUUCCGAUUCAGCAAAAGACUUUAUCAGUAGAUUAAUGGAAAAGGAUCCUACUAGAAGAUACACGUGUGAACAAGCUCUGCGGCAUCCCUGGAUUGCCGGAGACACUGCUCUCUCGAAGAAUAUUCAUGAAUCUGUCAGCGCACAGAUUAGAAAAAAUUUUGCAAAAAGUAAAUGGAGGCAAGCCUUUAACGCCACAGCAGUUGUAAGACAUAUGAGAAGGCUGCACCUGGGCAGUAGUAUGGAAGGCUCCCAUCACCAAAACACUUUGAAUAGCUCCUGUUUAAAAAACCCAGCUGUUGACACAACAUCUCGCAAAGACUGUCUCUCCACAUCCACUCCUUGCAGCCUUGUAUCUGCCGUCUCCUCUCCAUCCUCUUCCCUUUCCCCAGUAGGAUCGGAGCACAGACCUCGACCCACCACAGUCACAACGGUACAUACUGGGAGCAAGUGAUCACGAUGCAGUGGAAGAGGGUCAGCAGGAAAGUACAUCACUGCAAGAUGUAAUCAGGAGUUCUCCAAAUAUUUUCACCUGCCAUGUGCACUGAAGCCUGGAAGAACUGGAAGAAGGGAAGACUUUUUAUGGCCAUAUUUUUUACCGCAAAUAUGAAAUGGAUUUUGUGUAUCACAGAACUUGCUUUGAAUUGCAGUGUAUCAUAAGAAAUUAUCAGUAUCCAUCUAGUAACGUUCUUGUUAAAGGGAAUUUUUUUUUUACUGUUACCUUCUCUUGUAUUUGAAUGAAUGUUACAACUGCAAGAUACAGCUCUGCAAUAUGUCCAAAGCUUCCUACAAGGGUUCUGAGCUACGCAGAUGUGAGUCCGUGCUAAAGAAUAGAAUUACAGCUAUGGGGGCUUCUUCUUGACACUUUAAUCAUUGUUCUUGUUUGCUGUGCGUGUAACAUGCUAGUAGAUAACAAGGUUGUACAAAACAAUCCGUUUUUAAAUAGGGCUCUAGCUGGUUAUUAUUACACACACUUGUUGAUGUCAGCCAUUUUCCUUUUUUGCCGAUUAUGUGUGCAGUAUGGACGAUAACAUGCUGUCCUCCUCACAGUCCCGGUCAACAUGUGAAAGGCAAGCCCACUUGAACCACUCACUAGUUGCAGGGUGCUGUUCUGUCUCUAAAGGAUUUUCAACUGAAAGCCCCGUUUCUCAGGGAAAUUAACUAUUUGACCCAAUUCAAAGAAUUAAAAUUUAGAAAACAAAGUGUUAUUCAUUGUGUUUAUUUUAUAUGUCAGUCUGUCACUCUCCCAGGUAUUAUUUAUGCUACAACAGAUUUAAAUGAUAUUUCCCUUUGAUAACUAAAGUUUACAUUAAGCGCAGGUCUUCUGUUAUACCUUAUUUUAGAAUUUCAGACAUAUUGAUAUGUCCUAUCAAAAUGAUUGAGUGUUUUGUGAAUGACGUAUUAAAUAAGGGAAAGAACCUUGAAGCAGCAAAUGAUAACGUAGUAUUUUAUUAUUUCUGCGUAACAGCUCUCUAACUUUUCUCUUACAGAAAAAGCUUUACAGUUCCUUUUACUUGGUAAGCUCCACUAAAGAACUGUCCACAUUUUUCUUGUUUUAAGUAACAACCGUUGGUAUACCUGUUACAGUUAUUACAAAACACGAGUCAAGUAAAUCUGUUGCAUUAUUGUGUAUACUGGCUGUAUAUUAAGCCUUAACUGUGUGCAUCAAGUGAAGCAUUCUGUGUUGGUAAAGUAAGUAAAAAAUGUUAUAUCUGUGUCAAAAUCUCAUUCUGGUAAAAUCUUCAAAAUGCAAGCAUUUUUGAUCAAGUGUAAAUUGUUGUUCAGAUUCUUGUUUAAAACAGGACAAAGAUUUUAAAAGCUACGUAUUCUGCACACCCGUAAUUGCUAAUCACAAUCCAGUCUCAAAAAACUGAGAGGCAGACCGGUCUUUAAAAACAGGCCUUUAGUUUAGCAGCUCAUCCACAGUCAUUCAGAACGUUUGUCUGCACUUCAAAAUGUAGCGUCUCUUCUUGUGAUGGGAAAUCCCGCAUUAUCUCUUUUGAGAAGCAGUAUGUUUUAAAGUGCAUUGCCAUACUUUGUUAGGUUUCUAUUUGAGAUCAAAUUCCAAGUUUUACAAACAUCCCAACCGCAUGCCGUCCAUAUCCAGAAAUGAUAAAACAUUUUUCCGUGGUAGUUACCAUGACUACAGCGAUUCUUCCAGAUGGUUCAAGGAGUUUGGCAACUCCUGCAGUGGACAUUGUAAGGAAAGUUGUGUAUUGUGCCCAACACUAUUAGGGAGAAUUUGAAACAUAAAAAACCAAGAAUGCAAGUAUGGCAACACAUUUAAAAAUGGCUGUUGAUAAAACCCCAAACCUGGCACCCACGCCAAAUAAGAAACAGAAAUCAGCCCCAUUCUGACAGAAGCACCUCAACAAUAACUCCCACCCCUCCGUGAACACCACCACUAUUCACAUAAACAAUUACAGCAAUGCCAACAUCACUCGUGAAAGGUGAGAACAUCAGCAUGAUGGAGUACUGUAUUUGAUCUAAGCGUUCAAAGUUACUAAAUAAGCACUUUCACAGUCAUAUGAUAGUGAGCCAGCAGUCAAUAUUUGUCAUCUUUUUACAACUUGGAAAUGUAUUGUAAUUUUACAGUAUGUUGGCACAAACCAGAGGAGGGGGAGGUAUUGUGAUUUAUUUUGUUUGUGAGAUACUGCUUUACAUUGCUUAAGUGUUACCCUUUAAAAUGUUAAUAUUUUGGGGGGGCACGCAUGUUUAUGAGUGGAAAUCACCUUUUUGUCAUUCACCUUGCAGGCAAAUUAAAUAUAAGGUUACACACAUUUGUUUAAAAGCUUUAGCCCUAAAAAUGGCUCAUGCAUGUUUUUGGGGCAUCCUGCAUUGAAUGUAACUUUACAAGUGCUUUUUGAUACAUAAUAUGAAAACUAGAUAUAAAUAAGGUGAAAUAAAAAGAACAGAUAGAUGUUAAAAAUGCUGGUUAACCUGAGUAAACACAAAAAAUGGCAGUCAAACCAGCGAUGACGAUCAAGAAAAUAAGAAACGAAUGGGUUUAGCAGCUGAGAGUUUGGCUAGCCAAUCAAAAGGAAGGGAGCUCAGUGGCGGGGGCUGUUCAGAGUUCACGAUGGCACAGGGCGGCACACAGUGCAGUGGCACGAACGGUGCAUAUAAUUGAGAAUGAUAUGCCUUUAAUAUCAAUGCAAUUAAAACAAGUUUUGUUGUGGAAAGUCUUUUUCUUUACUGCAAUACAAGUGCGCAAAGUUUUUUAUUUUAUUAUUCUUAUUUCAAGUUCUCUUUUACCUUUAAAGUUAUCUUUUAAUUGAAAGAUUUGAAUCAGAUGUACUAACCAGUGCUACACUCAGCAUUGAUAUUUCACAUUUUCUGAUUGCAUUACAGAAGAGAAUCCAUUGAAAAAAUGAAGGCGUAGUGUAGUCUGGCAAACAUGGUGGGAGGUGUCCACCUCAGUGGGGUACCAAGCAGUCAUCUCAUAUGUUUCUUGUUUUAAGAGUGACUCUUACGUAAAUGUUUGCAUGGUGAGCUUUGUUUUCUUGAAAUUCAUCAGAGCGUCACAGUCUGGUUUGUUACUCCACCAAGUGUUGUGUGGCAAGUAAAUUGAGGCAGUUGUCUUUUGUACUCCGGGUUUUGUCCGAGUGAAAGGAUGUUGUGAAGCAGUCUCUACUGUAUGUUUUCUUGGUGGCCACAUAAUUCAAAUGACAUCAUGUUUUCCCAGACUUUCAUGCACAGUUUAGUUCUAGACAGCACAGUAUGCAGCUGUUGAGUUUCAUCGUCCUGUUCUUUCUCUACAUCUCAGUGCAUUACUGUGGUCUGUUGUAGCAGAUCGCCCACUGAUAACCAGGCACAGCGUUCUGAACGUGAAAGUUUUACAUCUCCAGCUCCCCCACAGUGUGUAUAAGCAUGGCAGCAUAGUUAAGACCAUUUGGCCCCGCUGGAAUGCAGCCUCCCUUCAUUUUUUCAUCAGCUCUAGUUGCAGAGUCAAUAGUUUGUAAAUAUUAAUGUCAAACACCUUUACCAUUAGGCAGUUUACUAGCAAUUUAUAACUAAUAUAAACUUAUAAUAAGGCACAGUACUUCAGCAGUGUUGCAUUUGCCUGGUAACUGUGACCCUUCAUGAUUUUAUCUUCUCCAGAUAUAAUAUGAAAAGGAAUGAGUCGGCUAGACAGUGGUGUUUUUGACAUCCUUGUCAGCUUACAGUACUAACUGGUUAGUGGUGACCGAUAUGAAUUAAUCAUGCAAGAGCAGAAAUCCAUAAGCAGUGUUCCAUGUCAUGUCACAGUGCCGGAUAUUGGAGUCUUUACUGUAAGGUGCAAGUCCGGUUGUCCAGAACGUUCAGUGGGAAAUCCAUCACUGGAUUCCAGUCCCCAAUCGCAUGUUAAUUCUUCAAUAACUGUACUUUUCCAUUAGCUAUUGUUGGGCCUAGUUUCUUCAUCUAAACUCAAAAGUAACUGCAUCACUUGGUUGUUUGUUAUGCCUUUAUUUGUAGCUACUUACACCAUUAUUUAGGGGAGAGUUACACACAAAUAAUAUUCUGGGCAUAAUCAGUGCAGAGUGAAAGCCUAUUUACAGUAUGUCAUCACUGGUCUGAAAUGUUACCAUUUUUGUUGUCCCUUCUGUAACAUGGACACGUCACAAGGCACACUUUGGUGCUGACCCGUUAUGUAUUAGGCAGCAAUAACACAGAAGUGUGUUUGUAAUAAAGGCCUAUUUUAUCAUCCACUAUUCCCAUAUGGUUUUUAAUUGAUACUGUCUACGGAUUUAUUCCAGAAGGCCCGUUUCUUCUCCAAACCCUGACUGUGAUUUCAUUUUCCAGUUUCCAUUUCUUUAAUAAAGUUUUGAGUUAGGCGUAGCAUCAUUUGCUUCUGCUCCUCACUAAGUGCACAACUCCGCUGAAGCAGAUUAAAAGUCAGGUUUGACCGCUACUUGGAUGUGUUGUUAGUAAAACCAAUAACUAAAAAAGUUCACAGAAUUGUGUAAGUAUUUUUGUGGAAAGUUACUGAAAUUAAAUGUUAAGUUUGCUCUAUAGGAUUUGUUUAACACUUCAUGAAUGGAUCUUCGAGUCUAAAAAUUUGUGACAGAAGUCAGUAACAUGUUUUGUGCGUUUGUCACUGGAAGAGUGGGUUGCUUUUUAUUUUUUUUUUAUCUUCUAUGCAACUGUUGAUAAAGGGCAUCCUUUUUAAACUUGAAUAUACAGAACAGGAACUUCUGUCUGUAGAUGUACUUUCUAUAAAUUAGAAAUGUCAGCUUGAGAAUAUUAUUACAGUCUUUGUUGACUGCCAGUCACUAGUCUGUUUAUUAGUAUUCCCUUCCCUCCAUCAGUCCUCGGACAAAGGAAGCAUGCUUUUCUUGCUUAAUUGUAUGUUACCUUUGCUCAUUAAAUAUCAGUGAUUAAUGUUAAACAUUUGGCAUUAUGAAAAUGUCUGCCAUUGGCUGCACGCACACUUCAGAAUGAGAACCUCAUUAACGCCCAUCUAUUAAAAUAAUAUAUUUUACAUAACUAUUCAGAAAAGAAACAAAACGACUAGAGUUUUUGACAUGCUAGCUUCCCCUCAGUGAAGAUAUUCACAAUUGUUACGACACUGGGACUAAAUUAUAAGGCCAGUGGUGAUAAGAGGGAUGGAUUUCAUAUCCGCUUUUAGCUAAGGGACUUGUUAACGCUUCCCACAAGUAUUAAAAUCAAUAAACCAGACAUCAGCUCUCUGUUUGGCAUCACCAACAUGUGGCAAAAAGAGUCGAGACUUCUGACAAGUUGAAAUGACGAAAAACGGAGAGGCAGCAGAGUCUUCACGCUAGUGUUUAAUAAUGGAAGCAAAUGUCCCUUAUGAAUCUCCUGAUAACAAGCUGAUGGCGCAGGUAAUUUUUAUAAAUGAUGUUUGUACAAAAGUGUGUUUUUGAUAGCUAAGGCUCACACCACACUGUGUAUUCUUCCGUAAUGAACGUGCCUGCAGUCCACCUUGCACGUUUCCCUCAUAAAUGGUUGCUGGUUUGUUAUCACUGCGUAUCCUUUGACUUGUUCAGUAUAGUGACAUAUGGGUGCCAUGUGUGUAAUAUGAAUGGCGUAUAAAGAAGAAGGCAUUUAUGUCUCAGGUGGCUUCCUUUUACCUCUUUUAACUGUAAAAGUAAGUGACAGAGAUGUGAUAAUACUGACAGAAAGCGUUAGAUUAAAAGAAAAACUACUUUGUAAGUCUAAUACUAGAAUGUGGUACAAUCUAAAAAGCUUUGUAAUCAUUAUGAGUUUUUGCAUAUUUUAAGUAAAUUAAAGUGCAGCUUUAAACAAAACAGAAUUAUUAAAAUCCAAGCAACAAAUAUAAAAUGUUGGGUAUCAACUCAAACUCUGGUAAAGUGAGCUGAAAUUAACAUGUCACAGAGAGCGAGCCGGCCUCUUAAAAUGACAAGAGAAUAUCAAUAAUAACUUAAACGACAUGACCUGGCACAGCGUCAAUAUAGAAAGCACCAUUGAUAGAUUUUUUUUUUUUUUGCACUUAAUACGCGCCACAGCAGAAUAAUUUGGCCACAUGUCAUCUUGAUCACUAUCGAUUACAUUUCUUUCUUAAUGUAGCCAUUUGAAAGCCUUCUUUAAGCUAAAGUUUGUAGAGUUGGAUGCCAUCGGCAUUGUCCUUUUCAGUGAUGCGUUUGUAAGGCCACUUUUGGGUUUCGUACUCUGAACUGCCUGCCUUGGCUGAUCCUUACAGAGAAGGCCGGAGAUUUGCCUUACCAGUACAUCCAUAGUGAGUGACCACGUUUGUCAACCGACUCCCAUGAAACGUAUGUUUUUAGUUCCAAACAAAGGGCUGAUAUAAAAUGUAACUUUGACUUGAUUUUUUUUUUAUUAAACUUGGCCACAUUAACAAGUUCAAUGUCUUGUAUUAAUGAAAAGGGAAGUUCGAUGUGCACACUGAGAGUGUUUUGAAAAUUCCUUGUGCUAGUCUUUUCGAAUACUGUGUAUUAUCCUAACAGUAGCUUACAAAUUAAUGCAUGGGGCAGUAAUGCAUGAGCCAAUACGGUUAAUGUUUCAAAUAUUUGCUGCAUAUUUGAUACAUUCCAGACCAAGACACUGUUUAUUCUGUUUGGAUUUCAAUGACGAUACCUGGUUGUAUUGAUUGGAGGGCGAUUGUUUUAGUCUACCACUUGAAAAGUUUGGACUUUGUCUGUAAACUCUGUUUGCCUUUUUGUCACUCACGAUUAAUGUCAAAUCAUUUUUUUAAAAGCUGUGCAUUUUUAUUGCCUUUAUAUAGAGCCAUUCAGUAAUUUACAAAGUUCUGACAAUGUAAAAUGAUGUUUUGGGCAUAAUAAGCACGAGUUCACAGACUAUCAUUUGGAAAUGAGGCCAAGAAAACCGCAAAUUUGCUUUUAUGGAUGCUCUUCUGUGAAAACGGCCUCAUGUUUUUUUUUUCCCCCAGUUUGGAAUGUUAUGAUGGUAGUAACUAUUUGAAAUUAAAACAAAAAGACUAACAAUUGAGAAAUAAGCUUGUUCUCUGUUUCGCUAACACAGUAUGCUGUUUUUUUGUGUAAGGCAGAUUAAGUGAUGACUUCUUAUCCAAAGGCUCAAAAACCAACUGUAAAAUAUGCCAUCAUGUAACUAAUUGUAUGCUGUUCUUCUGACUGACAUUUUCUUCAUGAAGGUUUAAAGAUAUUGAGUAAAUGAGUUAAAUAUUCCUCAAGGGCAAGACCUUACUUUAAAAAAAGAAAAACACAUAUCGUAGGAUUAGAGAUUUGUGCGUCUUGUUCUAACCAAACUUUACAAAUGUAAAUGGGAGGUUUUAUCUGUGGUCUUAUUUGUCAAAUAUAAUAUAUAAUAUAUAUGUGCUGAGCACCCCACAUGUGAUCAUACAGUAAACUUCUUGAAAACCUGAGCCUUCACUGUUUACUCAUGAAAUCUCUCAAUAUGCAAGCAUGUUUCAGGCGCUUCAGACUUAAUACCAGGAAUGUUGGUGUGCCUAUUAAUAAAAGAAAAAUGCAGGUCUUGUGAUUGUUCUCUUUUCAUGACGUCAAUGAUAUCCAAAAUAAAGCGAAAGUGUAUUUAAACUCUUGCAUGUAAUGAACAAUCAAUCAUUUUGCAGAUACUUUAAUUCUAACUGUGAUGUUGCAAACUGUUAUGGGGCCUAUAUAGCGACUGACUGCCUUUGACAAUCAUGUAUACAUAUCAAAAUUUCUAUCAUGAUGAAAAUGGAGGCUGAGAAUUACUGUUUUUCUCCAAUAAAUUCAGAUCAAUCAUUA